AUGACAAACGGUUCCUAUCUAUCUAUCUAUCUAUCUAUCUAUCAAGAACUUAGAGAGAAUUUAAUCUCUAUUUUAUACUGUUCCUCCCUCUUCCUAUCUAUCUAUCUAUCUAUCUAUCUAUCUAUCUCAGCCACUUCCUAUCUAUCUAUCUAUCUAUCUAUCUAUCUAUCUAUCUAUCUAUCUAUCUAUCAAGAACUUAGAUACUUAUGUUCAAUGAUUACUUUUCAUCUAUCUAUCUAUCUAUCUAUCUAUCUAUCUAUCUAUCUAUCUAUCUCAUUCCUAUCUAUCUAUCUAUCCUAUCUAUCUCUAUCUAUCUAUCUAUCUAUCUAUCUCAGCCCAUUCUAUCUAUCUAUCUAUCUAUCUAUCUAUCUAUCUAUCUAUCUAUCUUAUACUAGGGGUGGUAGGUUUCCGACACAACAAUCUAUCUAUCUAUCUAUCUAUCUAUCUAUCUAUCUAUCUAUCUAUCUGUUUGCUUAUAAUGUUCAUAUAUAUCUAUCUAUCUCUAUCUAUCUAUUUCUCUAUCUAUCUCAUAUUGUUCAUAUCUAUCUUAUACUGUUCCCAUAUAUCUAUCUUAUACUGUUCAUAUCUCUCUAUCUAUCUUAUACUGUUCAUCUCUAUCUACCUUAUACUGUUCAUAUCUAUCUAUCUAUCUAUCUAUCUAUCUAUCUAUCUAUCUAUCUUAUACUGUUCGUAUCUAUCUAUCUAUCUUAUACUGUUCAUAUCUAUCUAUCUAUAUAUUCAUCUAUCUGUCUCUUUAAUCUUUAUCAUACAUCUGCUUCUCUCUCUCUCUCUCUCUCAUUCUCUCUCUCUCUCUCACUCUCUCUCUCUCUCUCUGCCAUCGGAUCUUCUGUUCAUGAUCUAUCUAUCUAUCUAUCUAUCUAUCUAUCUAUCUAUCUAUCUAUAUCUAUCUAUCUAUCAUCUAUUUAUCUAUCAUCUAUUCAUGUCGAUCUAUCAUAUCUAUUUCUCUAA